AUGGUAUCUUUUGAUGUCACGUCCCUCUUUACUUCUAUCAUCCAGGAUUUGGCAAUCGAGACAGUCCAGCUACUCCUACGAAACAAAUACGAUGAAACCGAGAAUCGUCUCGGACAUGCCCAAGUCCUUCAGCUCCUAAAGUUCUGUCUCAGGACGUAUUUCACGUUUGACGGAACAAUCUACGAGCAAGUGAAGGGAACACCAAUGGGCUCGCCGAUUUCCGCAUUCAUCGCCGAGGCUGUCCUAGAGCGGUUGGAGUCGCUGGUCUUCCAACACCACAGGCCGAAAUUCUGGGCUCGGUAUGUGGACGAUACCUUCGUCGUCAUCGAACGGGGCAAGGUGCUAACGUUCAAAGAACGUCUCAACAUCGUCUUCCCGGACAUACAAUUUACGAUGAAGGAGGAAUAG